AUGUCUUCUACCAUUUAUCAACAUAUUGAAAGAUUAGUUCGCGAAAAAACAAUUCAUAUAAUAGAGUAUGAAUUCAAACAAGCACCAGGAAAGUAUGCUGAAAUUAAAGAUGAAUCUAAGCUGUAUGUUAAAAAAGUAUGGAAUAAAGAGAAGAUAGUAAAUUUAAGCAUAUUGAAAGAUUUUGAGAUAGACGGUGAUAGUGUCACGAGAUUGAUGGUCGAAUGCGCAAACAUGGACUUACAGACAUAUCUUAAAAUGCGUUCAAAUAGUACUCCACUGACAUGGAGUGAUAAAUUACUAUUAACAAAUGGAAUAGUUAAUGGUUUAAAGUAUCUUCAUGAUAAAGAGAUUAUCCAUUCAGAAUUGCAUGCAAAGAAUGUAGUUAUGUACAAUGAUAUUCCUAAAAUAACCAAUAUUGGAAUGCUUCAAGCCCGUGAGCCUCAUGACUUUAAAUAUAGCCCUCCUGAGAUUUUAUUAUCACAGUCGAUCAACGAUAAAAAAAAGCUAAACAUUUAUAGCCUCGGCAUUUUGAUGUGGGUGAUUUCCAAUGACGGUGUUGAGCCUUUCUCCCAAAGAAAUAGUAUUCAAUUAGUGCAAUUAGGAAUUCAAAUUAUCAAGGGUGCUCGCGAAUCACCCCCCAAACCUAGCAAGAAACCCACUCUUGAUUUAGCUUGCGAAUUGGAUUAUAAAGCCUUGAUUAGACAGAGAGAAUUGAGGAUUGCGUUCAUAAAUCUUUUCGCUUUAAACCGAGGCAGGAAUCCUAAAGAACUUGACUUUAGUCACGGUGUAGGAAUUAUAUUACGUGAUGAUGGUAAUCCAAAAAUUCAUAAAAUUACAUCAAGUUCUCCAGUAAUUUACCUUCCGCUAAAUCAUGAAUCACCUUGGACGGAUUUAACGAACCUAUUUGAAAUUAAAUGUGAGAAUAAAAUGGGUCCAAAAUACGACGUUGUAAGAAUCCAUGUCCCAAUUUCUACUGUGCAAUAUGAAGCUAAAGCCACAGACGAAUUUAUUCAAAAUAUUAGAAGUGCGCUUAAUAUAUCAGGUGAAAAUGAGAGACAAAAAGCACUAGAAAAGUGGUUUAAACAUUACGGCAAUUAUGUUGUGAAAAGAGCCACGCUUGGAGGUGCUAUUACAGUUAGAAAUUGGUCAAAAGUUUCAGAUGAAAGCAAAUCAUAUUUAAAGAGUUACUUACAAUGGGGAAUUGACUAUGGGAAGGGUGCUUCUGAAAUUUUUGAAGAUGUUCCACUUGAUAGAUUGCCUCAACUUGAGGCAUCUGUUGAAAUUGAAACUAUUGGUGAUUUAUAUAGCUGGUUCAAGAGUUUAUAUAAUUUAAAAUUCGCUGAAAUUAUAUCGUAUGAAGAAUUCAUCCCUUCUUAUGAAUUGUUGCCUCAAGACUUACAGCAACAAUUAUUUAAGCUUAUUGGUUCUAGACCCACUGAAAUAUCUCGCAAACAGUUAAUUCCGAAUAUCCCCUCUCAAUAUGAUAAACAAGAUAUUUUAAAGUGGAUAGUAUUAAAUCCACCACUAAUCUUAAAUCUUAGUGAUUGGGUUCGUAAUAAUGAAUUGCAAUGUGGUGUAAUUUUACAGCGUUCAAAUCUAAAUCAUGGUAAAAAGGCAGCUUUUAAAUUUUUGCAAAAGCCCGAAAUAAGUGAGAUAAAUAAAGUCUCACUCGUAUUUGAACAAUCCCAAAACCUUCAAUAUGCCUAUUUAUUGGAGAAUGGUAUUACCUUAAAAAAAGACGAUAGAUUGGGAUUAGGAUUUGAUAAAAUCCCUUUUUCCGAUAGUUCAAUGCUUAAUUAUCCUUUGGCGGAUUUUAAAAAUACUAUAAAUCAACCUUCAAAGUCAAUCUAUUGCCAAAUAAUUGUGCGUAUGGCAAAAAUUUCAUUUAAUCUUGCUGACAUCAAGCCUCUGCAAGAAUUCACAAAUACAGUCAAUAACGUACUUCAAAGCAAUGAACCAUAUAAGGGUCUUUGUAAGGUGUUUGGAGAAGACUAUGGACAUCUAUUAUCAAGAACUUUCACUUUAGGUGGAAUUUUAUCUAAAAAGUAUGAGUCUUAUACAGAUACAAUUUAUCCACAAAGAUUUGAAUAUGAUAUAAAUGACCCUCGGACACCUGAAAAAAUUGUAAAAAAGCUAGCUGAAUGGAACAACGAAUAUCAGCAUAUAAAUACAUCAUAUUUUGUUAGUGAGAGUGGUGAUUUAGUUCACCGUAACAAUAUUGAUAAAUGGUUUAAAGAACUGAUAAACAGACGGAGUGAUUGGAAAGUCGUUAAUUCUGAAGAUUGGGUGCCUCUGUAUAAAAUAUUGAAAAAAUCGCGUUUUGAUAUAGACGAAAUUUUUUCUAAGUAUCAAAUUGUAUUUAAUGGUGAAGAAUCAUUGCAACAGGAUGAACAGACUACAAUAACCAUUAAAUUUCCUGGUUCACUUGUUGACGAUAAAUAUCAUUGCUUUGGGGCCAUGGUAAAAAGAACCGAAAAUGGUAGUUGGGUAAAAAUUCCCGAAUUGUUCGUUCGAUUUAGUUAUCCUAAUAAAAACGGUUGUGUUGCAGAUAUAUACGAUAAUGAGAAACGCAAUAUACGUUUAAAUAAAGCAGAUAAAAAACUCCUCUGGUUUGUGCUUGCUGAUCCAAAAGGAUAUUGCAGUAAUAAGAACAGAAAUGUUAAAGUAGCAUAUGGAGACAUUAACAUCAUGAAGGCCCACUCUGAGGUUUUUUUGAAGAGCAAAAAUCUCUCUUCGAACUGUGUUUUGAUAACAUCUGUUGUUUCUAAAAAUGCUUUCGAAAAUGGUGCGAACUUUUAUAACAUAAGACUUAAAGCUUGGACGAAAACUAAAAUUGGUCUAGAAUUAACGAAAGACCAAAUUCAAGUAAAUCAACAAAGUGUUGAUGAUGGAUUUGAUGACGAAAGUUCAGAUAAUGAAACGGAUGAUUGUGAUUCAGACGAAAUAGAACCACAUACCCGAGAGAAUGAUACUCUUGAAUGGUGCAUUCUUUAUACAGAUGGGAAAAUGAUUAGUGAAGCUGAUGAAUCAUCAAAAUAUCCGUGGUCAUUAUUUGGCGAUAAUCUCGAUCCAGAGCUAGAAAUUUUGGGUCAAGAUGAUAUAGACCUUUAUGAAUCAUUACCUCGGAUAUCUUUAGAAGAUGCAAUUGAACAACAUGAUAAGCCAAAUGGAGAUACACUUGAGGCAUGGAAAACGUUCGUUUAUCACGCUAGAGAAGGAAACCACAUUGCAAAAUUCUGGAUAGGACAUUACCUACAACAUGACAUCCUGAUGGCAUCAUCUUUUAGAAGAAAAUUUUAUGAAGAAGUUGUUGACGAGUUUUCCGAUGGAACGGAUAACUAUCUACUUGCUGCAAUGAAAUUAUACAAACAAUCCGCAGAUGCCGGCUAUCCUGAAGCCCAACUAAAAUAUGGGUUUGGCCUUUAUAAGGGCACUGGCGUUAAUCAAAAUAAAAACGAGGCCAUGAAAUAUUUUAAAUUAGCUGCAAAGAAUAAUAAUCCUACCGCAAUGUAUAAUUUAGGAGUUAGUUUGAUAUUGAGCGGAAACGAAGAAGAAGGGAGAAAAUGGAUAAUAGAUGCAGCUAGGCUUGGUCAACCAAGAGCAAUUGAAUUUUGCAAGAAUGAAGAAAUUAAUUACCAAUGA